AUGUCUCACAUUAUGAUCAUUUUCAAGUCGAUGUUGGCAAUCGCCGUUAUUUUCAGUGUAGUGUUUGCAGCUCCCAAUCCAGACUCAUCCGAACAGAGUACCGUAACUGAUGAACCCGGAUCGUCCAUUAUAGAGGACAAUGACUAUGUGUCUCCGACUACGUCGAUCGGAGAUUUCGACGAAGAUGCUUCUCUGGCUGACAGCAAUGAUAGCGAUGUGGCUUCCGCCGACGACAACGGCCUAAGAAGCGGAUACGAUUCGGAGAGCAUCAUUAAAGUCAGCGAAUUACCAUCCACCGGAAUGCUGACGAAAAAAGCUAUAGUGGUAUUCCAGAUAUUCGACAAGAUUAUCGAAAUUCCAAUUAAUGUAUUGCGGUAUAUCAAUGUAUACUUAAACCAGAAACUAAUGUAUCGAGGACAACCUGCAGGAGAGGCUGUCAGUUCCGACGGGCCUGCUGGAUCCUCCUGGAACGGAACAGCCGGUGCUUCAGUGAUGGUACCGACACAAUCAAAUUACGAUGCCAUAUUCAACAUUCCGAUCACAGCAAUGAGGUCGGUCCAGAACCUGUUCAACUGGGUGGUUGAAAAGCUGUGUAAGAACCGUGGUAUAUGUAACAGCGGUGCCCACUGA